AUGGCCAGGAGAUGGCAGAAGUUUGCAGCUAUGCAGAGGAAGAGGAUUUCACUUCCAAGAAAUGGUAGUAAUGCAGACAGUUGUAGUACAUCUUCAUCCUCUAGAGCCAGAAAAGGCCAUUUUUCUGUCUACACAAUUGAUCGAAGGCGCUUUGUUAUUCCCUUGGCUUACCUUGAAAAUGAGGUCAUUAGGCAACUUUUAAGCAUGUCUGAAGAAGAGUUCGGGCUACCAAGUGGUGGUGCUAUUACGUUACCCGGUGAUUCGGUCUUCAUGGACUGCAUCGUUUCACUGAUCAAAAAAGGCGUAGCUGCUGCAGAUAUUCACAAAGCAUUGCUUCUAUCAAUUCCUUCAUGUUGCUGUACUUCACCUUCUAAUUUGCACCAAGAAAGUGGAAAUCAGCAACUUCUUGUUUAUUGA